GGUGACGUGUACGUUCUGGUUGGACCAGGAAGUAGCUUCCUGUGAGUUUUAAGAAAAUAUACCGCUAGAUUCUUCGUCACUGGUUUGUCGACUUGGUAUAUUUUACACAGUUUUGUAUUGAUAAGCUAGGUAAAUACUUUAUCUGAUUAUUGCACUGGGUGAGACUGCUGAUCGUCAGCUAUUUGCUAGAUAUGGCACGGAAUCGAGGAGGCGUUUCGACAGUUUUCGGUCCAACGUUGCUCGUGUUAUUACUGGCCUUCUGCGAGGCAAGAAUACAUAAACUCUCUCUGAAGAACGAAAAUCGAUUUGUCAUUCACCUCAACACCUUCGGUUUCUAUGCCAACGGGACACUAGAUGUCAACCUGCUCUCUCUGCGUUUACCGAACAAACGCGUGGACUACAUCAAAAACCCGGUGGGCUUCAGUCUGUCGAAGUCUCGCGUAAACGGAGUCCUGUCAUACACUGCGGAGGAGACGGCGACAUGUCCUCUAACCCUCACAAAACCCACCAACGACGAGCCCCUCAUCCUCUUCAUAUUCGAUGUCGACAAGCUCAGGGUCCAUGUGAAGUCUUAUGGGGAUCAGGACAGCCUGCUGACAGCCAGGAUGAAGCCAACAGAGACCCCUGCGACAACAGAGACUGGAGGCGCCAGGAGGAGGAGAGAGGAAGAUGUCGCUGCUAAAGGGAAGGAGGAGGUGAAGAAGGAGGAGGACAAGAAGGAGGAGGUGAAGAAGGAGGUGGAGGUGAAGGUGGAGGUGAAGGAGGUGGUGAAGGAGGUGGUGAAGGAGGUGGUGAAGGAGGAGGUGAAGGAGGAGGUGAAGGAGGAGGUGAAGGAAGAGGAGGAGGAGGAGAAGGAAGCUGACUUAACUGCCAUCCAGUUGGGGAAGAUGAAAGAAGUGAACCUUGACCUGCAGAAAACCAACGACUCCUACAGCUUCAGGUUCCGCAUGACGAUUGGCUCGUUGGCCGAGGGCUUGUACAACCUCAACUUCCAUUACUGCAACAACCUAAAGCCUGGUGUAGACCUGCAGUACUCACUCAAGGUGGAUGUGACAGAGAGGAACCCAGGAGGGUACCUGUCAGCAGCAGAGAUCACUCUGCCUCGCCUCUACAUCAGCAUGGCUGCAGUCUUCUUCACUGCCGCCCUGGUCUGGGUCUACACACUGAUGAAGCACAGGUACAGUGUGUUCAAGAUCCACUGGCUGAUGGCGGCUCUGGCAUUCACCAAGGCUAUCUCCCUGGUCUUCCACAGUAUCAACUACCACUUCAUCAACACAGAAGGACACCCCAUAGAGGGCUGGGCUGUCAUGUACUACAUCACUCACCUGCUGAAAGGAGCCCUCCUCUUCAUCACCCUGGCUCUGAUUGGGACGGGCUGGGCCUUCGUCAAAUACAUUCUGUCGGACAAGGAGAAGAAGAUCUUCAUGAUCGUCAUCCCCCUGCAGGUGCUGGCUAACGUGGCCUACAUCAUCAUCGAGUCGACGGAGGAGGGCACCAGUGAGUACGCCCUCUGGAAGGAGGUCCUCUUCCUGGUCGACCUUAUCUGCUGCGGGGCUAUCCUCUUCCCCGUUGUCUGGUCCAUCCGACACCUACAAGAGGCCUCUAGCACUGAUGGGAAAGCUGCCAUGAACCUGGAAAAGCUGAAGCUCUUCAGACAUUACUACGUGAUGAUCGUGUGUUAUAUCUACUUCACCAGGAUCAUCGCCAUCCUGCUGAAGGUCACCGUACCCUUCCAGUGGCAGUGGUGUUACGAGUUCCUGGUGGAGGUGUCUACGCUGGUCUUCUUCGUGCUGACAGGAUACAAGUUCCGUCCUGCUUCUAACAACCCCUACCUCCAGCUGCCUCUGGACGAGGAGGACGUAGAGAUGGACGAAGUAGUGACAGAGUCAGGAGCUCUGGAGGGCGUCUCUAAAGUCAAGAAGACCUCUAACGGCCGUGAGCGUCAGAGAGAAUCCACCUUGUGAGACUGUGUGUGUGUGUGUGUAUUGCUGUGGAAGAGGAGAGGAACAGAAGAAGAGGUUCCCCCAGUCUCCCCUGUCUGAACUGUGAGUGGCUGCUGCUAUGGCAACCGCUGUCUGGCUAUGCAAACAACACGGACGUGUCGGACCUUGUCUCUGCCCUCCUCAGACUGUCAGUGGUUUGUUCCAGGAAGUGAGGGAGAGCAGACCCCCCCUCUUAGACUCAGAUGGAACGGUCCUGUUCCUCUGUUUAGAUCUGUUCUCUAUGUCUCUCUCUCUGUCUCUCUCUGUCUCUCUCUCUGUCUCUAUUACUCUCUCUCUUUCUCUAACUUCCAUGUUUCUUUCUUCCUCCAACUUCUGUUCUCUCUCUCGUACUUUAAAUUGUUCUUAUCUCCCUCGCUGUUUGAACUCCAAAGAUGGUCAUCGUUAGAGAUUUUGAUGUGAGGAUAUUUUGUAUUCAGAUUUAGUUUCUUCUGUUUGACUUGACUAUUUAAGUGGUACUUCUGCCAAUUCCUUCACUGUGUGUGUGUGUGUGUGCGCGCGCCUGUGUGUGUGUGAGAGAGAGUGUGUCUGCAUGUGUGUGUGUGAGAGCAGAGUGUUCACCUGUUUUAAAGCGUCCUAGACUCCUCCAUAACUGCUGUAUAUGGAUUUAACACACACCAUAUAUGGAGUGUUCUUCCUGUGUCAACCAGGAAGUACAAUCUCAUUGUUCAGGACCAACCACCUAACUCCUCACAACAUUCAUCUCUGUUCUUUCAUUUUCAAUAACAUUUUCAAUAUCAACUUUUCAUUUCAGUAUUUUUGAUUGAAUAUUGAAAUGUAUUUCAAGAAUUUAUAUCAUUCAGUAUACGUUCCUUGCAUAAGUUUUAGAUGUUAUAUAUUUCAGUAUUGCCAUGUUUUGUUUAUGCUUCUCCUGAGCCGCUAGACCACUGCUGUAAAGUUAGCGCUUCGUACUGACCCGCUGCAUCCCAUUCCAAAACCCUGCUUCCUUCCCUGUGUCCUUGUAUGGCCAUGAUGGUGUGAUAUUCACCCAAGGCAGGAAGGGUCCAGGGCUUGAGGGGCCUCGUGAACAAGGGUCCAGGGCUUGAGGGGCCUCGUGAACAAGGGUCCAGGGCUUGAGGGGCCUAGUGAACAAGGGUCCAGGGCUUGAGGGGCCUAGUGAACAAGGGUCCAGGGCUUGAGGGGCCUCGUGAACAAGGGUCCAGGGCUUGAGGGGCCUAGUGAACAAGGGCCUAGUGAACAAGGCCACGGGGGAAGGAAGCACGUUUCUGGAAUGGAACGCAGCCCAAUGUGUGUUUUUUUUGCUGGCGGACAUUUUGACCAGUCAGUCUACACAGCGUUAUGCUCCCUUCCUUCCUUCCUUCUCUUGUCUCAUCGAUCAUGGAUUUCUCUGAGGAAGGAAGUACAAAACAAAAGACAGGAAGGAAGGAAUUAAAGAUGGAGGUAUUACUAGUUUUUGGUUCCUCCUCUCUCGUGUGGUCGUAACUGGUGUUCCUGCGACCGUGUGUGCUGUGUGGUUUGACCCUCUGGCCGUGGCUGUGCCGGCGUGAUCUGCUGGGACCAGGAAGCAGGAAGAAGCACAACAGGAAAUGAGUGUGUAAAUAUGGCGGCGCAGAGACGACUGGGAGUCUUGUAUGUCUGUGGAGGCUACUCACCUGCUGCAGCAGCAGGGGGAGUCAUUUGUCUCAGGUUUCAUGUGGGCAAGGUGAACCCCUGCUUGUGAAGUGUUGUGAGUAGCCUCUGCAUAGAUCUUAGACAGAUAUCUGCUCCUGUGACAAGCUGAGAGGACAUCUGGUUGGUAAUUAAAGAAAUUAUGUUUUCAACACA